AUGGGAGAGAUUAAAUAAGAGGAUCGCGAAAAUCACUACAGAGCAUAGAGUUUCAAAUCAAUGGCGGAAAUCCAGAAUUCGGAAGCGCCAAAAAUUCUCACAAUGAACCAAGGAAUCGGCGACCAAAGCUACGCCACAAACUCAAUCUCACAGAGUAAAUACCAGUCCGGAUCCCGGCCUCUGCUCCGCCGCGCCAUUGCUGCCUUAUGCGCAGCCGAUUUGCCGCCCGCCAUUGCCGUUGCCGACCUCGGCUGCUCUUCAGGACCGAACGCGCUCUUCGCGAUCUCCGAGAUCGUCGGCGUGAUCCGCGGCUGUUGCGGCGGUGAAGCGCCGGAGUUGACUGUGUUUUUGAACGAUCUGGCGGAGAACGAUUUCAACUCUGUUUUCAGAGGAUUGUCGAACAAGAAGAACGGCGGAUCGUCGGCUAUGGAUGAGUGUUUUGUCGCUGGAGUUCCAGGAUCUUUCUAUGGAAGAUUGUUUGCUUCUAACAGUCUUCAUUUUGUGCAUUCUUCUUCCAGUCUCCAUUGGCUUUCUCAGGUACCUCAAGAGCUGAGUGAGAAAGGGAAGGGAAUAAGGAACAAAGGGAAGAUUUUCAUAUCAAAGACAAGCCCAAGUGAAGUAAUAGAAGCAUAUUAUGGUCAGUUCAAGAAGGAUUUCAGUUGUUUUUUGAAGUCAAGAUCAAAAGAAGUGGUGUGUGGAGGGAGAAUGGUUUUAACUUUCAGAGGAAGAAGGCAGCCAGAUCCAUGCCCCGAUGAAACUUGCCUUCUUUGGGAUUACUUGGGGCUAGCCUUCCAAGCUUUGGUCCAUGAGGGGCUUAUUGAGGAGGAGAAAGUAGAUAGCUACAACACUCCUUAUUAUGAACCGUAUGUGGAGGAUGUGAGAAGGGAGAUAGAGGAAGAAGGGUCCUUCAAAAUAGAGAAUUUGGAGAUAAUUGCUUUGGCAUGGGAUGGUGUGAAUAGAGAUGGGGAAAGCUAUGAACGAUCAAAGACAACCCAACAAAUGGCGAAGGCCAUUCAAGCUGUGAAUGAAUGUAUGAUAAGAGCCCAUUUUGGAGGAGAUAUUAUAGAGUCAUUGUUUAAGAGAUUUGAAGAAAUCAUGGUGGCUGAUACUAGAGAGGUGGAGCAUGUUAGUUUGGUUCUUUCUUUGCUUAGAAAAUAAUGACAAUAUUCUUAUCAACGUUACCAUCUUGUUAGCGUUUUAGGGUUUCGAUGGGUAUAAACGAGUUGUCGAGUCUUGAAGUUUUGUUAGAUUUCGAUGGGUAUAUACGAGUUGUCGAAUUUUGAAGUUUUGUUGGAUUUCGAUGGGUACAAACAAAUUGUCGAGUCUGAAAGUUUUGUUGGGUUUCGAUGGGUAUAAACGAGUUGUCAAGUUUGGAUGAGCAUAAACGAAUGGUCGAGUCUGAGAGUUUUGUUGGGUUUCGAUGGACACAAACGAAUUGUUGAGUUUGAGAGUUUUGUUGGGUUUUGACGGACACAAACGAAUUGUCGAGUCUGAGAGUUUUGUUGGGUUUUGAUGGGUAUAAACGAGUUAUCGAGUUUGGGAAUUUUAUUGGGUUUCGAUGGGUACAAACGAAUUGUCGAGUCUAAGAGUUUUGUUGAGUUUCCAUGAGUAUAAGCGAGUUGUCAAGUUUGAACAGGUAUAAACGAAUUGUCGAGAAUUGUCGAGUCUGGGAGUUUUAUUGGGUUUCAGUGGGUAUAACUGAGUCGUUGAGUCUGAGAAUUUUGUUGGGUUUCAAUGGGUAUAAACGAGUUUUUGAGUAUGGGAGUUUUGAUGGUACAAACGGGCGGUCGAGUCUGAGAGUUUUGUUGGAUUUCGAUGGGUAUAAACGAGUUGUCGAGUUUGGGAGUUUUGUUGAAUUUCAAUGGGUAUAAACGAGUUGUCGAAUUUGGGAGUUUUAUUGAAU